GGUUUCAUAUCGACAAGUUGAUGUUUGCGUACGUCGUUUUUGAAAGACUGCCAGCUGAAUCUUUUAUCUCAGGAGAUCACAUAGGUUUCUUGACUGAAUAUGGAAGAAUUAAGGCAUCAAGUUAUGAUAAACCAGUUUGUUCUAACUGCCGGAUGCGCGGCAGAUCAAGCAAAGCAGCUUCUACAAGCUUCACACUGGCAGUUUGAGACUGCUCUUAGUACUUUUUUCCAAGAAGCUAAUGUCCCUUACAGCCAUCAGAUGAUGUGUACUCCAUCCAACACACCCGCAACACCGCCCAACUUCCCUGAUGCCCUAUCCAUGUUCUCCUGCCUGAAAGCCUCUGAGAGCUUCGGGAACAGUAGUCCCAUCGCUUCAAUGGCUACAUCACCAGCUCCACAUGUCAACUGGGCCAUGAGCCCUCCGGCAACCCCUGGUCACCAGGGACGAUGGACUCUGGGUCAGCUUGCCACACAAACGGCAUCACCAGGCUGGCCAGCAGCUGUUACACAGCAACCCUCCACUGAGCAUGCUAGUAUUGUCAUGGAAGCAGAAAGAUAGAGACUGUUUUAACUAGCCAUCACACCAUACAGGAAGAGGAGAAUGGUCUUUCCUCUUGAUUCGGCAGUUGUGUACAGUGGAUAUGGAACAAUGCGGUGAGAGCACUGAUUGGGUGAAAUGAACAGUAUGGGAGAUUCAUGGUAACACUGGUGUUGGAACAACUCAUGGCCACUACUGAGGGGACAGGAGAUUAGGGACUCUUUUAAAAUUAUUUAUUUGUUGGCGAUUACCAAAAAGAUGGACAAAAUGUGUAAUUAUGUAGCAUAUUCUAAGAGAACCUCAGACGAAUGAAUGUGUUACGGAAUCGUUUUAUUCUCUUCUAUUUCAGCAGUUCUCAAUUUAUGGUGAAUACACAACACUAUUUUGCACUGUGUACUCGAAAGCUGCAGUGAUGUAGGGUUAAAGGGCUAGUUCACCUCAAAACUAUAAUUGAGUCUUUAUCAGCUGCCAUUGUAUUGAAAUUAUGGACUGUAGUAUUCAUAAAAAAAAAUCCUUUUGUGUUCUACAGACGAAACAAAUUCAUAGAGGUUUGGGUGACUAAAUAAUUCUAGAAUUUUUAUAUUUGGAAACCAUCCCUUUAACGGACAUGAUUUACUUCCAUAAUCAUAUGAUCUUUCCAGCCUGGUUUGUAAUUAUUGACUUCCUUAUGACUUUCUGUGAUGCCUAAAGUGUUCCUUGUUCCCCUUUUGAACACUGAACUUUAUGGUUUUGAGUUAGAGGUGUUCUGCACUUAAAACACAUUUGUCUGUUUUAUCAUGAAUCUCUAUUUUUCUAUCUGCAAGAAUGUUUUCUUUAUAUUUCUAUUUUUUCCACAGAUAUCCCUGUAACUGUGUUCACGCUGCCUCCACAAUAUUUGUGGACUAUGUGAUGGUUAUUAUUUUUACUAUUUGUUUUUAAAUAAAUAUUGUACACUGUAUAUUGCAAAACACAUUUUUUUUUCAGUAGCAAAUUAAUGACUUUACAUCUGCAAUUUGCGGGUUUGUUAUCCUAUUGUUUAAUUAUGGACAAUGCAUUUGCCCCCAAUCUUUAUAUCUUUUUAUACAGUGGUAAAUAAUUACAAAUGAUCAAACUAAUGAUUUAUUAAUCAAUACUUUUAUUUCACAAAAAAUGUAUAUAUUAAAAAUAGGAAAAAGUUCAGUGUACUGAUCUGUAACUAAAUGGUUAUUCAAACCAUGUAACAAAAAUAAAUAAUUGAAAUAAUUAAUUUGCAUGGAUUCCCUCAGUGGGAAACCUACAAAUAUCAGAGAAUACUAAAAUUGUGGUUUCCAGGAAAAGUCAAGGAAAUUUGUAAUGUUUUAUUAAAUAUUUAAAUGGAAAUUUGUAGUGUGAAUAUAUUAUAUAUAUUUUUCUAGUUAUGCUUGACUCUAAAAUAUUUUAUCAGCUGAAAAUGGCUUUUUAUGAGUGCAAUCUAUAUAAAAUAUGUAAUUUUUAUUUUAUUUUUUGUAUCCAGUCAUUUUGAAUGGCUAGAAAAGUCAUUAAAAUGCAUUGGUCAAAAAUGUGAGAACGCUGAAUUAUUCUAGACAAGAUACUUUGUACUAUUCAGUACAAGAUAUUAUGAUGCUUUGCAUUUGUGAACUAAUAAGGUUGAAUAUGAAAGACUGUAAAUGCAAACAAAACAUACUGCAGCUUCAGUUCAUAUAAACACAAUUCUGAUGAGGAGUGGAACAUGUUUACUGAGACCAUCUGCAUCUGUUUCACUUCAGCCUCUGCAGCAGCAGUGUAAAGAUCUGUGUUAUGCCCCAUAUCACUUAGCUAGUGUUUUUGUGCUGUUGAACGCGUUACCGCGGAGGUGUUGCACGUGUGGAGGCUUCACGCACAACUCACCAUGCGCCCCACCGCAACAAUCACACAUUAUAGCGACCACGAGGAGGUUACCCCAUGUGACUCUACCUUCCCUAGUAACCGGGUCAAUUUGGUUGCUUAGGAGACCUAUCUGGAGUCUCUCAGCACACCCUGGAUUUGAACUCGUGACCCCAGGGGUGGUAUUCAGUGUCAAUACUCGCUGAGGUACUCAGGCCCCCUUGCAAUGCAUCUUUAAACAGAAAUAAGAAACUUAAUAAAAAUGUGGUCACAUUUAUGUCUUAGGCAUUUUGGAAAGACAAUCAGUCAAAUAACCUGAUUCCAGAUUAUGGCCAAUGAGUAUGUGUGACUUUUUUCAGUCUUAGAGAUAAACUGGAUAUUAUUGUCACUGAAUUUUGAGGCUUCACAUUGUCAUACAUAUAUGCUGUGUAAUACAGUGGAGUGGAAAAAAUAAAAUAUCAAAGAGAUGCUUGCGUUGGAUUUAUGCAAGGGCAAAACAAGCUACAGAGACCAUAAAGAGCUAAAUAAUUUAAUGUGACCCCUUUCUCUUGUCUGGCAUAGAACAAUGUUUUGCAAAUGUCACUUUACUUUAUUUACUACAUAAUGUUACUCUAUGUAUAUUAUACUGUGACAUGCAACUAAAAUUGGCCACGUGACGUUCGAAAGACCUGAAUAAUAAAUGAUUUCACGCUAUUUG